AUGCCCUCCACCAGAACCCAGGUCCCCGCAACCUACAGCUUGGACAGCAGCUGCUGCGCACACUUAGCCAGCCCGCCAUUCAUAGCGCCCACCGCUUAUACUCAUCACAAACUGCACGGAGAAACCCGUUCCUCAAGCCGAGAUGCGCCAAAGGAACCAGCAACUUCCGGCCUACACACCAUCCCGCUACGGCUCAAAAACCCACCCACACGACGCAUACACUCCAAGGAACACAAUCCAUCGCAAGUAUGCGCUCCCACGGCGAACGGCUUCCCUGCGACCACUGAAACCCCCUCCCUGGAUCGCGUAUUCGUCUGCCCCAGUUCAACCCUCAACAACCCCGAAUCCCCCUUAAAAGUUGAUCCGCCCCCGACGUGCCGCAAUAGGCGCAUGCCCGUCCUCCCCCUUCUCAGCAGAGGCCGCGUUCCGGUCUCCCCCCUCAUUGGUUGA